UCUCAGAGACCCACUGUGAAGUUGUGGCCUCAGCUCUGAAGUCCAACCCCUCCCAUCUGAGAGAGCUGGACAUGAGUGACAAUGACCUGCAUGAUUCAGGAGUGAAGAAACUGUGUGUUGGACUGCAGAGUCCAAACUGUAGACUGAAGACGCUGGGAUUGAGAGACUGCAGUUUGUCAGAGAUCAGCUGUGCUUCUCUGGCCUCAGCUCUGAAGUCCAACCCCUCCCAUCUGAGAGUGCUGCAGCUGAACUACAACUACCUGAAGGAUUCAGGAGUGAAGCUGCUGUGUGAUUUUCUGGAGAGUCCACACUGCAGACUGGAGACUCUGAGAUUGUGGAACUGCAGUUUGUCAGAGAUGAGCUGUGCUUCUCUGGCCUCAGCUCUGAAGUCCAACCCUUCCUGUAUAAGGGAGCUGAAGCUGAAUGACAACAACCUGCAGGAUUCAGGAGUGAAGCUACUGUGUGAUUUUCUGGAGAGUCCAAACUGCAGACUGAAGACUCUGAGAUUGAGGAACUGCAGUGUGUCAGAGAUCAGCUGUGCUUCUCUGGCCUCAGCUCUGAAGUCCAACCCCUCCCAUCUGAGAGAGCUGGACAUGAGUAUCAACGAGCUGCAGGAUUCAGGAGUGAAGCUGCUGUGUGAGUUUCUGGAGAGUCCACACUGCAAAAUGGAGACUCUGAGGGUUUAUCGCCAUGGACUGUCAGAGGUCAGCUGUGAUUCUCUGGCCUCAGCUCUGAAGUCCAACCCCUCCUGUCUGAGAGAGCUGGAGCUGCAUGACAGCAACCUGCAGGAUUCAGGAGUGAAGCUGCUCUCCGAUCAUGUGGACAAUCCAAACUGCAGACUGAAGAUUCUGAGAAUCAAUGGCAAGUUGAUCAGAGCUGAGGAACCCAAUACAAAUCACUCUGAUGUCAAACUGGAUGUGAAAACAAACCUGCCUGAGGACGACAUAAAGGCUCCAUUAUCCUUCUCACCUGAACCAACAUCUGAAGCUUCAUACAGAUGGGAUCAGAGCCUCCUCCAAUCAGCUGGCAGGAUGGUUGCUGACCGCCCACCUCCCAGUGGAACACCGGAAGGUGUCAGAGCGGAAAUUGCACAGAGAAAUGUCCCAUCAGAGGACAGAGUCCUAGCUGUCCUGAAAGCUGUUCGGACAGAGUUUGUUAAAAGAGUGUCUCAUGCUAAUCUGAACUUUAUCCUGGAUAAACUUUUGGAGCAUGAUGUGAUAAAUCAGGGUGAAAUGCAGGAUAUCACGCAAAACAGAACAACCACAGACAAAGCACGAGACGUGAUCGACACGGUGCAAAAGAAGGGAGCUAAAGCCAGUUUAGUUCUGAUCGCUGCUCUCCGUGAGGUGGAUUCAUACCUUUUCAAUGACCUGAUGGAGCUCAGGGGUGUGUAA